AUCUGCGCACGCCGAGCAACAAACUGUCAGUGGACACUCCCGACAGUGCGGUGGCGCAUCUCAGUGGUUAUCAGAACAACCAAACAGUGCCCGUGAUGAGCUAACCCGGCGGUCAGAGCGGCAGCCGGACCCCCCGUGGAGAGAUGGCCUUCUUCAAGAGCUUUCAGCAGAAUCUCCCAUCCGUCAACAUUUCUUCCAUCUUGGACUCGGUCAGCAGCAAAGUGGACGACCUGGCAAACGCCGUCAGCGACGUCACGUACGCCGUCAGCGACCAGUUGACCGAGCAGGUCAACACCAUCAUCAACAAGGUCCAGGAGGAGGAGGACGGAGAAAAGGAAUCGGCGCAGACGUUCACUGUGCAGGACGGGAAAGCUGGGAAGAGAAGCGUGCGGCCAGAAAUGACAACUUCAAGCUCUAAAAACAAUCAAAGUAGCGACGAGGUCGAGGCGGACUACGCGCAAAGCCAGCUGGAGUGGGAAUGGAGGGACGGAUGCUGGCGGGUGAAGAAGACGGAAGCCGAGUUAGCGGUGGAAGAGAGGAGGAAGAAGGAGGAGAAAGAGUUGCAGGAGAAGAGGGAGCAGAGGAGGAAAGAGAGGAGGGAGAAGCGCUGGGAGAAGGCCGCCGUGUCUACGACCAACAAAGAGGCUUCCCAAGAGGGAAAGGAAGAGGAUGCAGAAACAGGCGAAGAAGCGAGUCAAGGCGAAGGCGCAACUGAGCCCAGCGUACGGAAAGAAUAUGACCAACCUCCUCUGUCACCGGGCCCUGAAAGUGAGAGGGUAUCCGAACAGAAGGAGGAGCAGGAUGAGCGAGAUGAGGAGGAAAGGUGCAGCCUGGCGAGAGAAGGCGAUGACGAGGAAGUGCCGGACGCCGCGAGGACUAAAGUAAAAAAGAAAAAGCUGGAUAAAAAGAAGGAGAAAGCCGCUAAGAAAGCUGAGAAAAUGGCAAAGAAGGAAAAAGGCAAGAAGAAGAGCAAAAAGAAAGACAAACGCAAGCAAGAGGCGGUUUUGACAGACAGUGAAGAGGACAGAGAUCAAGAGCCUGUGCUCCAGUCCAACGUGACUACAUUGUGCAGCAGCACAAACAAGGAGGCCACAGAGCAGGAAGGCUACACCAGCGAGGCCUCCAGUGAACAUGCAGCCAGCAGCAUCCAGAAGAUAAAGAAAGCGCCUUUGCUCACGGAGGGCCAGCCCCCUCCCUACCAGGACCGGGUCUCGGUGGCCCGCGUGUCCUCCUCCCUCUGCCGACUCCGCAGGGGGUCGCCCCCUCAGGGCUGCUCCAGUGAGGCGAGCGUGGACCAGGACACGGAGAGCUACCUCAACAAAGACUGCGAGGAGGACAUACCCAGUGACAGCACCGCUGUGGUGGGGCCUGAGGACAGUUCUGGUCCACUGCCCCCCUCAGCCUACGAGCCGGAGCCCCUGGCCAAGUACGGCACGCUGGAUGUGGCCUUUGAGUACGACUCCAACGAGCAUUGGCUGGCCGUCACGGUCACCGCAGCAACGGACAUCCCCGCUCUCAAACAGACGGGCAACAUCUCGUGGCAAGUCCACCUCGUCCUGCUGCCCACCAAGAAGCAGCGGGCCAAGACGGGCGUCCAGAAGGGCCCGUGCCCGGUCUUCACCGAGACGUUUAAGUUCUCCAGAGUGGAAAAGGAGGCGCUGAGCGACUGCGCCGUUCGAUUUCGCUUAUACAGCAUCAGACGGAUGAAAAAAGAGAAGGUCCUGGGCGAGAAGGUGUUCCACCUCACUAAGCUCAACCUUCAGGGGAAAAUCGCUCUGCCUGUCACCCUGGAGCCUGGCUCGGAACUUACAGGUUGCGGCUCGGUGGUGAGCGUGUCCCGCAGCGCAGGAGGCGUGUCCUACCGCUCCACCGAGGAUUCGCCCCCGCCGGAGAUCCUUCUGGGCCUCGUGUACAACUCUGCCACAGGACAUCUAUCCGCCGAGGUGAUCCAGGGGAGCCACUUCAAAAUCACGGCAUCCGAUAAACCCGUCAAUGGUCUCUUUUGUUGUAUAAAGCAUUUCGUUGGGGGACAACUUUAUAUCAUGAGAGACACAUAUGUGACGCUGACCAUGCUGGACUCCAAGGGGAAGGAGAUGUCUAAGUUCAAGACAGCAGUGUGUCGUGGGCAGCCCAGCCCCGCCUACAAAGAGACCUUCGUCUUCCAGGUGGCGCUCUUCCAGCUGUCCGACGUGUCGCUGGUGCUGUCUGUGUUCUGCCGCCGCAGCACCAUGAGGCCUCGGGAACGCCUGGGCUGGGUCUCCUUGGGUCACAGCAGCACUGGUGAGGAGCAACUGGCCCACUGGACCGAGAUGAAAGAGGCUGAGGGCCAGCAGGUGCGUCAGUGGCACACGCUCACUGACACAAAGGACCUGAUUUACUAAAGGUUUACUUACGUGUGCAAAAAUGGGCACAAACUUGAUUGCUUACGCGAACAGAUGUGGAAGCUCAUCUACGAACCGGGUGCACCCAGGAUUGCGUCCGCCAAACGCACAAAAACUGCUGCACGUUCCAUUGUGUGCAUUUGGGGAGGGGUGGAUGCUAAUUUAUUUUAUUAAUGCAGGACACACAGUGUGAUUUUUCAAACCUGAGACAAAUUGCGAUGGCUUCAGAAAGGCAAGUGUAAACUGCUAUGCAUGAGAAUGACUGCAGUGAUUUUUUUAGAGGACCAGGCUAGACAAAAUCCAACCCAAAUGUUUAAUUUACAGCGCACAUUUAAAAAUAACAGGGUUGACCAAAGUGCUGUCCAAUUUAUUUAAAGAUCCUGACAGAUUUGUUCUUAUUUAAAAUCAGGUACAUUCGUGUUGGUUGUUAUGAGUGCACCCACAUCACGCAGAGAAAAGCAAA